CCCCGCAGGCUCGGGGCGCCGGCCGCGAGGGGAGGCUCGUGCGCCUGGCUGGCGGGCGGGCGGGCAGGGAAGAGGGCAGCGGGCAUGGUGGCCAGCGGCGGCCAGGCUGUUCAUUAGAGGGCGCUCUGGGGGCGGCGCUCGCCGCAGUCUCAGCUCCCGCCGUUGCUUCCUCCUCCUCCUCCUGCUGCCGCCGCCGCCGCCGCCGUUCCCCCGUCGCGUCUCUUGGGUGCUAACUCGCCGUAGGCACCGAGCGCGGCCCGAGGCCGGGGUCCACGCCCGAGAGAUCGCCUAGAGCAGCCUCGGGCGAUGAAUUCUUGGGGCUCCUCCCGCCCCCGCAGCCCGGCUAGGGGCCCGGCCAGCCCGAGGCAGCUGGAAGGGGAGUGAGAGGCCGCCCGCCGGCCGCCGCCGAGUCCAUGACCCCGACUCCUCCUCCGGGCACAGCCGCCGCCGCCGCCGCCCCGCAGCAUCGGGCCCCCAGCAGCCGGUUCCCGGCCCCGCUGGCCCCAGCCCCUCCUUCCCCUCCUCCUUCUCCUCCGCCUCCUCCGCUUCUUCGUCCUCUUACUCCAGUCCGUGAUUGCCAGUCCCCGGCGCUGCUGAAGGAAGAGGCUUCAGACUCCAGGGUGAGAAUGGCCAUGACUUUAGAAGAAGUUCUAUGGAUGUGCUUGACCUUUGUGAAAGCUGUCCUGAGGUUCGCCUUUAUGGUCUCAAAUAACCUGGUCGCCAUUCCUUCCUACAUCUUCUAUAUCAUAAUACUGCAGCCUCUCCGAGUGCUAGACAGGAAGCUGUUCUGGUAUAUCGAAGGAAUCAUGUACAAGUGGCUUUUAGCAAUGGUGGCUUCCUGGGGUUGGUGUGCAGGCUAUACAGUAAUGGAGUGGGGUGAAGAUAUUAAAGCAAUUUCAGAAGAUGAAGCUAUGAUGUUGGUGAACCAUCAAGCAACAGGAGAUGUGUGCACAUUAAUGAUGUGCCUACAGGACAAAGGAAUGGUUGUUGCUCAGAUGAUGUGGUUGAUGGAUCACAUAUUUAAGUAUACAAACUUUGGUAUUGUUUCUCUAAUUCAUGGAGAUUUCUUUAUAAGACAGGGAAAGUCUCAUCGAGACCAGCAGCUUGUUCUUCUCAAGAAACACCUCAAACAUUAUUACAGGAGCCGAGAUCGGAAGUGGAUUGUUCUGUUUCCAGAAGGUGGCUUCCUCAGGAAGAGACGAGAAACAAGUCAGGCAUUCGCCAAGAAAAAUAAUUUGCCAUUCCUCACACAUGUCACCUUGCCAAGACUUGGGGCAACACAGAUUAUUCUGAAUGAACUUGUAGCACAACAAGAAAAUGGAACCCCAGCAGGUGGAGAUGCUAGGGUGUUAGAGAGCAAACCGAAAGGCCUCCAGUGGGUCAUAGAUACAACCAUAGCUUAUCCUAAAGCUGAACCUAUAGACAUCCAAACCUGGAUUCUUGGAUAUAGAAGACCAACAGUCACUCAUGUUCAUUACAGGAUUUUUCCAAUUAAAGAUGUACCUUUGGAGAACGAUGCCCUUACUAAUUGGCUCUAUGAGCGGUUCAUUGAAAAGGAGGACCUCUUAUCACAUUUUUAUGAAACAGGAGCUUUUCCUCCCGAAAUGGGCCAGAAGAAAGCCAUUUCUAAGGAGAUGACCCUCAACAACAUGUGGCUAUUUUUCAUACAGUCAUUUGCAUUUUUAUCAGGCUAUAUGUGGUACAACAUUCUACAGUAUUUUUAUCAUUGCCUAUUUUAGGAGUUGAAUGGGACCUAUGGACACCAUAAGAGUUUAGGCUUUUGCAAAUGUGCAUUAUAUUACAUGUACAAAUGAGAAUAUACGCAAGUAAAGGAAAUUGGAUAGCCAGCUUAAUUUUUAUCCCUCUUUGGGGAAAUUUUAAAACUUUACUAAAAGUGAGAUUCAGUAAUAUAAUGACCUGCUAAUGUAUUUUAAGAACUUUCCAUGUUUUUAAAAGGCAUACUAUACACAAACAUCCUAUUGGGAGAAGAGGAGAUCAUAGCAUCAUUGUGGAAGACUAAGAGAAAUUAUAUCACCACCGAAUAUGCUUGGAAACUUAGUUCAAGUUUAGAAAGCUCAAUUUUCCUCUUAUCCAGUACUCUGUACUACUACAGUGUUCUAGAAAUCUCUCAUUUCCACCAAUUAAAGUUGUGUUGCCACUAACAUUUCUGGGAGCAGUUGGGGCCUUCUGCAUAACUGUUUCUUGGUCAUCAGUUACUAUUUUUAAAAAACAAAACAAAACAGAAAAAAAAAACCCAUUCCUAAACACCUAAGUGAAAUAUAGAGUCAGAAUUCUCUGUGGAAAAAGCCAAUGCUCAUUAGGCAUAAUAGUACUAGGAUGUGUUUAAACAACAACUGAAAUCUACCCUGGCUAUCUUGAUCUCUUCUUUGUGAGAUUAUCAUUGAGCAUCAUGUUUACAUGUGCUAAUGCUUUCCCAUUUUCUGAGGGAGCAUAAAAAUGUCUUGUCAUUUGAUUUCUCAUCUUUAGAAUACAUUUCAUGGGUUAAUAAUUAUCUCUUGCAAAAUGCACUUUUAAGAGAUACAAUGACAGUUAAGGAAAAGUCUAUACUGGAGAUCAGUUGAAUCUUUAUAUGAAGUGAGUUUCCUGAGAGGCAUUGCUGCCUCUGAAGGUUUACCUGAGAGCAGAUACUCUUCAGCCCAGGAAUGCUUUGGGUACCACACCAUUAGGGAUAUGACAGUUACAUAGUCAGAAGCCUUUUUUUUUUCCUUUCCACUUUGAUGUGCUAACACUAAAUACAUUUGGGGAUGGUUAGAACAAGUUAAUGCCAAACAACUACAUCUUCUGUUUAGGGAGAAAAUAAAUAGAGUAGUUAGUUGAUUAGAAAACUAAUAAUAGCUAGAGCCACUCACUGGCUUAAAAUGAUAGGAAGUUAUUCAGUCUCCUGUGACAAGGUACAAACAUAGCCCUCUAGAUAUCUGUACAAACAGCACUAUUGUUACCAUAUCAAAAGUAGUUGUUAGUCUCAGGAGAAGGAAAGUUAGAACUAGGAGGCAAGCUGACGCAAAUGCAGCCUCUUUCUUCCAAAAGCUUUUUAAGUAGUCGGGUUCUUAUUGAUUGUUAGAAAAUAUAGUUCUUGUCAUUCUGUUUGUGUGAUUUACCUCGUGAUAGAACCAAAUUCUUCCUACAAAAGAGCUACAUCGGUACAUAGUUUGAAUGGCAGAUGUUGAGCUACUUGGGGUUUGGAAUUGUAAAAUUGUUAAGAUCCAAGUAUGUCAACUAUAGUAUUCCAUGCUAUCGGCAACACAGAAUCCCCUGUUGCCUCUAAUCACACAAAUACCAAUUUUGAUAGGUAGUCUAUAAGAUAAAAAUAAAGCUAAAUAUUUUUCAUUUAAAAUAAACCAAAAAUUAGAAAGAUGUGAAUUUCCCCUCAGUUUUGUGGGAAAGAUUAAUUAACACCAAAUAUAAGUCCACGACAGCUUCAUCCUUUAAGGUAACUCAGUGCAUAUGUAAUAAAGAACAUAAUACAGUAAGUUAAAUACCUCAUUGACUGGAAGGACUGCUACUGGUAAAAUGCAGAAGUGUUCAUGUGCUUUGUUUUGGAAAUAUUCAUUGUGAGAUGAAAUUUUGAAACCCAGCUUUUUAUUGAGUGUCUAUACACAGGGACAGUGUACACAUGGAGCCCAGCUCAUUCUUGAGGCACAUAGCAAAAAAGUAUAAAGCUAAUUGUCUACCCUUCAUAUACAGGUGAUCCCAAGGAGACCCUCAUUCUGAAAGAACUCCAUAUAGUAGUUAUUCUGUUGGGUUUCCCCUCAAGAGAAAUGUAGAUGUGACUUUAAAAAUAUUUCAUUCUGAUGUUCAGUUGAAAAAGAAAAGAUUUUCUAUAAAGGGACAGUUAUACUCUUUAAACGAUGGCACACAUCAAAAAAGCUCUAUCCUAAGAUGGAGUACCUUUCCAUAGUAGUGGGUCAUUUCCAGUACCUAAGAAGGAUGAGGAUAAACAAGUGCGCUAAUUACUUAUGUGAUGGGUUUGGGCAGUGUACACCUGGGUGUACAGUUGACCCUAUAAUUUUAAAAGUUUUUUUUUUUUUAAUUUUAUCUUUUCUGUUUGUAAAACGUAUUUCAGAGCACUGAUUUUAAUUCCCUUUCCAGUGAGAGGCAUUCUCCUACCUGCACUACAGAAUGUGAAAGGAGAAUCAGUAUUCCUUCCUAUAUGGUAAUCAGGGUGUUUUCUGUUGUUUAAAAACACAAACAAACCAAACUCAAAUAAAAUUUCAAGUUUGCAUUAUAGUUUAUGUGUGUAGGGGAAGGAGAUUCAAAGGACUCACAUUUUAUCAAGGGAAAACAUUGUGAAACUUUUAGGAAAUAGCUACUGUGCUAGCAAAAGUUGUUUGGAGCUCAUCAGUUGUCGGCCUGUAGAACCUCACCUCCUCUGCUUUUCAGUUGGUCUACCGUGAUUGCCUCAGCAGAGAUCAGUGUGUACUUCUAGAAACCCAGCAAUCCUGAGCGUUGCUUUCUAUUGGUAGGACCAGGAACUUGGUUUCAGUGACUACAAAAGUGAUCUAAAUAUACCAAUUGACCAGUAUGAGAAUGAGUCAUUUGGUGUUUUAGGUGCAUUGCUGUGGAGAAACCCAUUAUCCGGUGGAGGCUGGGGUGGUAAAUUGCAGAAAGUAAUAAAGGUUUAAAGGAGAAACAGGUUAUCUACUAUGUUUAGUUAUGAGUAGACAAUAGGUCUUUUUUAAAGGUAGCUGGUACGUUCAAGUCUAUAUGAUUGAGUAGUUUCGUCAGUACAGCCAAACCUUGUUUAUUACCUGGCUUUCUGUGGAUAAUUGAAAUCUUCAGACCUGCUCUUCUUAAUUUCAAUUUCUUCUCUAGUCAAACCUUUGAACAGAAAUGUUACCACGUAAAACUUUGAUAGGUUUGAUUUGUAGUUCCCCUGGUCAUGUACUUCUGAAUGUGCUAUUGAAGAGUGAAAUGAGUACAAGGUAACCAUAAGAGGAAAAACAACAAGCUUGACUAAUCCACAAACUGAAUAAUCAGUUCCUGAAUAAUCAAGAGUUGGCUGUAUUAAAACUGUUCUCAAACUGUUUUACUAAAUUGAAACCUUAAAUCACCAAAUGUAAACUUCUACGGUACAUCAGUCUAUUGUUAAUGCCUUUGGGAUUUGUUUUAUGAAUGUUCAUUCUCCAUGUGGAUUUGUCUUAGUCAUUUUCUUUUUUGACAAUCACUUUACUUGAACGCUUCUGUAAUAUUUAAAGUUGGUUAUAAUAAAUAAUCUCCAAUCAUGAUAAGUAGGAGUUGGGUUUGUGUUGAUAUUUAAGAAAAAUUAUUUGCACUGCUAAAUAGGAAGAUUUAAUUAUUUUCUUUUUUUUUCUCUUUUAAAUAAAAUUACAUGGACUUUACCACGAUGGUAGUAUUCAGCUAUGGUUCACAUAAAGCAAAGAGUAAAAAUAAUCUUUUCUUGCCAUGCAGUGCUGUGAACCAUUACCUCUUGUUAAAAAGAAAGGAAAAGUCAAGUGCUGGGCUUGGCACACAAGUAUAUUGGUUUGGUUUAUAUGUGGGUAAAUCAGAAUGUGCUUGGGACCAAAACCGCCUAAGUGGGGGAUAUCAAAAUCACAAAGAAGUCUGGGGUUCUUUGGAGCAGUCGAUGGUCGGUGCUUUACUUCAACCAUUUUGCACCCAUCCCCAACAAUUAGGAGCUGGGCCCUGGAAAUAAAUUGAGGGUGCUAGACUGUUGGGGGAAGGUGACUGGAGCCAUAUGAAAGAUACAAUAUGGGUUUGUUUUUGUUUUUGUUUUUUGCAAAAUUACAUAUUUGUGGAUUUUUACAUUUAGUAUUUUUUUAAAACAGUUUAAAGAGCAAAAUAAACUUGUAUUCUAGUUGCAAAGUAUGCACACAUAUAUUUUGAAUGGCUUUAUUUUUAUUGUGUAAAACUGUUGAACACAACUGUGAUGCACAAAUUCUUUACAUGUUAAGGAGCCUAUGCAUUUGACAGUAACUUCUGUUUUAUGAUUGGGUAAUGAAACAGUUAUACAUUGAACCACUGUUGUAUUAAAACUCAUUUAAGGUUAUCACAAAGCUGUGUUUAUUUUACGAAGUGGAUUUUAGUUUUCCUAAUGCCAUAUUGUUUACUUUAGCCUAUUUGACCUUUCCCUUUUCCUUGGUGUAUUAUUUGCAUGUUGUUCUGUAUGAUAAGAAUGAAUGUAAAGACUGUUGUGUCUAAUUAAUUUUUGUAAAGGGCUGGUCACAUGUGGAUCUGUUUUAUUAAUGCAUUUUAAAUGAUUUUAUUAUCCAGAUCACCUUUUCAGAAAUUUGGUGUUAAUACCAAAAAAAAACCAAACAAACAAACAAAAAAAACACCCCAUAAAACAAAAAUACCUUUUCUCAACAGAAACUAAUAGCUGGUUCUAUUUUUUUUAAACUGUGCAAGAAAAUAAAGUUGAUUUUCAAGAUAAAGUGCUUCUAAUUUUUGUUAGUUGAAUGGGGUGUUUGGAUCUGGGAGGUUGGGUUUUUUUGUUUUUUUUUUUUGGAGGGGGUCUACUUUCUGCAUUGGGAUUUGGAGGAAAGUUCAUAAGGGAAAAGUUGUAAAUUGAUUGCCCCAGGCAGAGAUCAGAUGGCAAAAAAAAAAAAAAGCCUGCUUUUGUGUCCUCUUUAACUCUCUGUAGUGUCUUUACUCCAUUUACAGCUCUCAGGAAAAUGAAUUCUCAUCCCAAAAAUUUAUCUUUCUAGGCAGGAGCUUUCAAAGGCAAGAAUAGCAAUUAAAGGUGGGCUUGAUCUUAUGAUUUAGAAAAAUAUUACAAGUCUUCCUGAAGAGCUUUAUUAGUCACUACUUUUCUCAAAAUUUACACAUCUGCUUUCAUUCAUUCAUCAAAGCCAAAUAAAUUCAUCUAUCUGUAUCUCAAAUUGGUUUGAACAUUUGAAGUUUCAGAUUUGUUGGUUGCAAGUUUGAGCCCUUUGAAAGUGUACUGGAACAUCUUGCACAAUCCACCAAACAAGGUGAAUGGUCAGUUCAGUCUACCUCUUCUUUUUAGGUCAGGAUUUAAACUAUUAUUUUGGGGGGAGGGAAAACCAGGAUUUUUGUCUUAUGUACAUGUUUCUGUAAAAGGUGGAGAACAAUUUGGGGGAAGGAACCUGAAAGCAAAUGAGAAAACACGCAGAGAUCUGUUUCUGACCAGCCCUAUUUCUCAUGAGUUUUGGGGGAAAAAAAGCCAUUGUUUUUAAUUCCCGCCUAAAUAUGAAUGUUUGUUUUUAAAAUGUUCAUUCCUGCUGAAAAAAAAUGUAUUUUUAAAAGGAAAAAAAUCCCUCUUUUGGCUAUAAGAUAAAGUCAGCUGUAUGACCAGGUGUGACCAUAUCAUAACAUGCUGAUAUAUGAGAUAAAUCAAUAAAUUUUUACCUCUCAGGA